AUGGGUGAAUAUGGUGACCCCAGCACUGAUGAUUGGGACAACUUCUUGCACAAGUACUCACCAUACCACAACAUUGACACUUCUGUGGAAAAGUGUCCAGCACUUCUUGUAACAACCAGCACCAGAGACGAUCGUGUCCACCCUGCCCAUGCGAGGAAGUUCGUCAAGAAACUCUGGGACUUGGGCAAGGACAAAGACUGGCCCGUGUACUACUAUGAGAACAUUGAAGGAGGCCAUGGAGGUGCUGCGAACGCAAAACAGUCGGCCUUCAUGGAUUCACUAGCCUAUGACUUCAUGUUUGAAACAUUGAGCAAGAACGCCAAAGCCUUAACAGGGGAUCCCUUGCUUGUCCUCUUGGAUUUUGCUGGAAGGUGUUGCAACAGUUUCGUCGGCGUUGGGGCGGCCGCUGACUUAACAUCAAUAAGUGAAAUGAGCCUUAGAAACUACAGUACUAAUCGUUGA